GCGCGACCAAGUGGGUGUGUUCAUAACCUCCUGUCUAUCAAAGAGGGAGCGAGCUCCCAUUGGCUCACCUGGGACAGAAGGGGGCGGGUUGUUCGUCAACUAUAAAUAAGGAGGCGUGGCCCGCUGAUCAGAGGGGCCCUCUGGCUGCACGCGGAGCGCCAGCUGUGGGGAGGCGGACUCGGGGUUUAAUCUCCGUUAAACCCGCAGUUUCGCUCCUAGACCCCCCCGAUUCGAGCGUGGUUUCUUAUCGGUGGCCGCGGUUCCCUAUCGUGCCCGGAGAUGAAGGGCGCCCGCCUCGGGUGCCACCCUGGCGGCGGCCUUUCAUGAGUGUCCCGAUGUGCAUGGCCGCUGUCCCCUGCCGCCGGCCUCCCCGCUUCCCGCUGCCCGUGUCGGAUGUGCGCGCUGCCUGCGCCCGCCCAGCCGCCGCUCCACACCACCAGCGGCUGCCCGCUCCGUGCGUCAGCGCGUCCCGUCCGGAGCCGUAGCCCCUGCUUUGGCCCCGCACCGCCUAAGAGAGGUUAGACCAGGACACGAGCUUCCCGUCCCCUCCCCCUCUGUCUCUCCCUCACUGUCUGUCUGUCGUUCCUCCCCCGCGGCCGCCAUGGAGCUGCUGUGUUGUGAGCCGGAGACCGUGUUGAGGGCGCUGCCCGACCCCAAGCUGCUGCAAGAUGACCGUGUGCUGCACAAUCUGCUGGCGGUGGAGGAGCGCUAUUUGCCGCCCUGCCCCUAUUUCACGUGCGUGCAGCAGGACAUCCAGCCCUAUAUGCGGAGGAUGGUGGCCGCCUGGAUGCUGGAGGUCUGCGAAGAGCAGAGGUGUGAGGAGGAAGUGUUUCCUUUGGCAGUGAAUUACCUGGACAGAUUCUUAUCGAUUGUACCAAUUACCAAAAACCUCCUGCAGCUGCUUGGAGCUGUUUGUCUGUUCCUUGCAUCAAAGUUCAAAGAGAAUAUUCCUCUGACAGCAGAAAAGCUUUGCAUAUACACUGACAACUCUAUCAGACCAUGUGAACUUCUGGAGUGGGAGUUAGUGGUUUUGGGAAAGUUGAAGUGGAAUCUUGCAGCUGUGACUCCACAUGACUUCAUUGAACACAUCCUGAAGAAGCUUCCUCUUUCUAAAGACAAGCUACACUUGAUCCGAAAGCAUGCACAAACCUUCAUUGCUCUUUGUGCCACAGACUUCAAGUUUGCCAUGUAUCCGCCAUCAAUGAUUGCGACUGGAAGUGUUGGAGCAGCAAUAUGUGGACUUCAGCUGGAUGUUGGUGACAGUUCACUUUCGAGUUAUAACCUGACAGAUCACUUGGCCAAGUUCUCUCACACAGAUGUGCUUUUAAUCAAUUAUGAUCCAAGCAGGAAAAGAUUUAAAAUGUGUCCAAAGAGUACAGUUUCAUUUGCAGUAAUAAGUUAUUUGCUGAGCAGCUGCACAAACAUCCUUUAACACUUCUCAGGCAACUAAAAGCAAAGUAGUGAAGAUAUUAGAGAAUGGAACAUGAGCACAUGAA